AUGCCACGCAAGCAAAAGACACGUCCUUCCAGUCGCCGAAAUGUCAAGACCGCAGCAGCGGCUGCAGCUGCUGCAGCAAACGCAGCAGACGCUGCAUCAGCAGGGACAGCAGCAGCGGUGGAUGCUCCUGCUGCUGCUGCUGCAGUGGAAGAAUCCGUUACAAGCCAGAGCAGCACCCGCUGCAGCACCAGCUGCACCCUCUUGGACCCUGCUCUGUGCUCCCUCAGCAGCAGCAGCCUCAACGGCAGCAACAGCAGCAGCAGCGGCACAACACUAAACCACUUUAAAGCUCUUCUUAAGGCCUUAGAAGGAGUAGCAGCAGAACGCAAGAGAAGAAGUCGCAAGGUCGACUCAGCAGAGUUGCUGCUGCACUUCAUGCAGCACAUAUCUUCCCCUGCAAUGGAGGAGCUGCAGCGGCAGCAGCAGCAGCAGCUAGUAUUGCUGCAGCAGCAGAAAGGAGAGCAACCAAACACAAACAGUUCCCAAGGACUUCCUCUCCUUAGGGGGGCCCUGUGGCAUGAGGCUGCUUGGGUUGCGCUGCUUCAACGUGCGCUGCAGCAGCCAGCAGCAUCAACAGCAACAGAAACAGCAGCAACUGCAGCAGCGGCAGUAGGUGACGGUAAGGGGCUCAACCUUGUCGAGCAGCAGCAACACCAACAGCAGCAGGAACAACAACAGCAACAACUCGCCAAAGUGCAGGGAGUGGACGAAGAGCAGCAGCAGCAGCUGAAGAAUGAACAGCAGCAGCUGCAGCAGCUGCAGCAGCUGCAGAAACAGCAGGAGGAGCAGGAGCUGCUGCUACAGAGCGAGCAGCAGAGAGACCGUCUUGCAGAAGUUGGUGUAAUGUUUGCUGCACAGCAGCAGCAAAUGUAUUUGUCGCUGCUGCUGCUGCAGCAGCCUGAUUGGGUAGCCGGGGCAUUUGCUGCUCUUGAUGAUUUGCUGCCGCUUGCAGCUGAAGAAAGUCCUGCAUUGGCAGAAGCAGCUGCAGCAGAUGCAGCAGCUGCUGCAGCAACCCCACAGAAACAGCAGCAGCGGCAGCAGCAGCAGCGGCAGCAGCAGCAGCAGCAGCAGCAGCAGCUGGGCGCAUUUGUUGCAGCAACAGAAGCAGAAGCUGAUUCACUAAGGGAGAAAUAUUUCAGGACCGUCCUCGAUGCUCCAGAUGCUCCAACUGCUGCUAGCAGCAGCUUAGGUUACCGCGACAAGAAGAAGGAGAAAAGAUUAUGUAGGGCUGUUGCUGCGCUGCAUCUGCUUGUGUCGCUUGCUGCUUCCGAGUUUACUGCUCCUGCUGCUGCUGCUCUCUGCAACAGCAGCAGGCUGCUGCGCUCUGUUGCCCCCCUUAUUGCAAUUGCAUGCAGUAAAGGAGGACUGCUUGCUGUUGUCGUGCUGCGCGCACUUAUGCAAGCGAUUUCUGCUGCUCCAGAGGCAGCCGAAGCAGCAGCAGCACAGGCUGCAGCUGCAGCAGCCAAAGCAGCGGUAGCAACAUUAGAUGCAGCAGGAGCAGAACCGACGGACGGAGCAGGAGUAGCAGUGCCCGCAGCAGCAACAUCAACUGCAGAGCCCGCAGCAACAACCAAUCCAGCAGCAGAAACCGCAGCAGAGCCCCCAGCAGACCCCCCAGCAGCACAAGAUGCAAUUGGAGAGCCUACAGCCUCAGCCAAUUCAGCAAAUACAGAAGGAGGGCCUGCAGCAGCACCACCAAGAGCAGAACCCGCGGCAGCAGCACCAAAAGCAGAACCCGCAGCAGCACCACCAACAGCAGAGACGGCAGCAGCAGCAUCAACAGCAGAACCCGCAACAACAGCAACGACAGAAACAGCAACAGGCGCAGCAGUAGCGUCAACGGGAGAGCCUCCAGCAGCACCAGCAGCAAGAGCAGCAUCAACAGCAGCCUCAACAGCAGCAGGAGAGGGCGGUUUGAGGCCUUCUCUGCUGUCGGUGUAUCGCAAUGCUGUUGUCUCUCUGCUGCAUUUAACUCUACAAGAACAAGCAACAGAUCCAAGGGGGGUUGAGGGUUUCGCUCUAUUUGCUGCUGCACCUGCUGUCCCUCUCGUGCUGCAGCUGCAGCAGCUGCGCAUGCAUGUGCUUAAACCCGAAAAUAUCAACAUCUUCGUAUACUACCUACAGGUCCUACUCAAGGUAUUAAAUGACUCGCAAUUCCAUUGGCAUACAGAAACAAACAUGCAACUAUCAAGAGAUGUGGCAGAGGUCUUGGCGGAGCUGCAACGGGAUGAAGCGGGUUUGGCUGUCAUUCGGCAGCAGCGGACGGAGUGGUUUCUCUUAUGGCGCCGCUGUAAACAACUCUGGGCUAAUCAGUGGAAUCAAGGGUGUGCAUACUGCAUGCGUUCGGACAACACUGCACGUUUCUUGCGUCUAUUUAAUUCGGAGCACGCGGGUGCUCCUGCUGCUGCCGCUGCUGCUGUUGUCGCUACUAAGGAGCCGCAGCAGCAAACGCUCACAGCCUGGGAGGUCGAGCAGCAGCAGCAGCAGCAGUUGUUGCAGCUGUUGCAGCAAGAAGCCGAGGAAGCUCGCAGGGAGAAGACUGCAAGAUUUCGUCAAGUGUUGGAGCAGCGACGGCAGCAGAAGAAACAACAGCAGCAGCAACAGCAACAGGAGCAGCAGCUACAGCAGGAGCAGCAACAACAGCAGCAUCCCUGGCCUCUUUCGAUGCUGCUUGCCACAGGAGUCGUCGACAAGUGGCUGGUGCGAGCUGCCUUGUGGGGCCCCGUUGCUGUGGAGCAGCAGAGCAGUAGUUUGCUGCUGAGUUUAAAGGAGGAAUUGGUUGUUGCUGCUGCGUCCUAUAGUAAGGCAGUAGGCAACGAGCAGCAGCAGCCGCAGCAGCCGCAGCAGCGGCAGCAACACCAGAAGGGAGGCAGAAAAGGCAAGCAGAAGCACCGGAACAUGAAGCAACUAUCGGGUUCUGCCGCAGCAGCCGCUACUGCAGCAGCUGCAGCAAAAGCAGUAGCAGAAUCUGCUGAUGCAACAGCAACAGAAGAAGCAACUACGGAAGCAACACUUGCAGAGGCCGAGAGCCCCCCCGAUACUCCAAGCUCGAGUGGAGCAGACUCAACAGAAGCAGGCACGACAGAAGCAGCAGCAACACCAACAGAAGAAGCUGCAACGGCAGCAGAUGGCGAAGCAGAACCAGAAGCCGCAACAGCAACUAGCAACCUUCCGGUGCGAGGUAGCAAAAGCGCUGUUGCCGGCAGCAGCGAGACCCUUUCGCCCUGUAGCACCACCAGCACAAGCAGCACCAGCAGUUACAGCAGCAGCAACAGCGGCAACAACAGCAGCAGCAGCAACGAAACUGAGCCCUUUUGCGAUGUUGAGUUGUUUGUAUCUUCUUUCAAAGAGGAGGCAUUGUCUCCGUUGCAGCUGGUGUGCCCCCGCUGCUGCGCUGUGGCCUACUGCAGCACGACUUGCAUGCAGAAAGACGAACCAAUGCAUGCACUGCUGUGCACACCAAACUGUCUCUCUGUGCUGCAGUAG